AUGUUUCCGAUUGAGAAGUUGGUGCAAGCAGUCACUUCCAUAUUGGUAUUAUGGAUUGUUGGCUGGUAUGCAUUCUAUCUCACGACAGGAUUUCAUCUUAAGAGUAUUGGAAUAAAUAAUGGGAUUCUGUUCAAUGGAAUUUCUUUUAAUUCGAGGAAGAUUGAAAUAUCUAUCAGAUCAUUCAGAUUCAGACUUUGGGGAAACACCAGAAAGAUUAUCAUUGAUGAACUCCAUAUAAAUGUGAAAAACAGAGGAACAAAUUCUGAUCAAACGAGGACAAAUAAGGGAAAGAAGAAGAAGAAGACGACAAAUGGUUCUGAUGAUCAAGAUCGUCUCACCAUAAUACCGUCUAGUGGAAUAUUCGCCAAAGUGAUUCGUUUUGCUCUUUCUAGAAUUCCAUUAAUAGAUAUACAGAUUCGAAACUCUCAUAUUACCACACCAAAUGGGAAAACUUCCUUAGAUUAUGUGAAGUUUUCAAUGUCCUCAAGGCAUUCAGAAAGAUUUUCCGACACAAUAAAAUUCAACAGUAUCAUAAUAUUGAACAAUGUGUCCGUUUCUCUUAAUCAGAAACAAGAUACCAAAUCUCCAUUAUCAACAGAGACCUUGAAAAUUCAAUGCCAUUGGCAAGUUAAUCUUAACGAUGGCUCAGUGUAUAGAAUAAAGACCAAGGUUUUUAUUGAUCAUUUGAGGGUACUGUUAUUUAGUUUGGUGAAGCAUUAUUUGCAAGAGGUAACAUCACAAACUGAUAUCCAGUCUAAUAAUAAGGAAGGAGCACAAACCAAGCCAACCGUUGAAGAUUCAGAGAGUCCUCUUUCCAAACUACAAAGACUUCAUCGUAAACUUUAUGGAGGCAUUGAAGAAGUAUCUGUUCAUGUCGAGAAUACCGCAAUCCUUGAAAUUCCAUUUGCAAACCCUCAUGCACAAGAAUCUAUUGAGGAAUAUUUCAAUAAAAAAAGUCCUACAGCAGCAACUGAAUUGAGAACUAAAUCUAUUUCUGUAAAUUAUCUGAGAUUACAUCCACAAUCCCCUGGCUUCCAAGUUCUUUUCGACCCAGUAAGGGACACUCCAUUUCAUAUUAUAUCGUCUGUUCAACUUUUAACGGUGAACUACACUACUUUGUUUGAAUUAGAGAAACGAGUGGUUAAAAGGACUGACGAAGUCUUGAAUUUACCUAAUUUUGGAUGUACCAUCAAGUCGAACGUUUUGGAUCACCUUGCUAGAGGAGAUGGUUUCAAGAAUUGUGUCAUUGAACUUUUCUCAUCUGCCAGCAGUCCCAUCGUUGAUCUUGACACUGAGCAACUUACCUCAUUCAAUUAUAAUAUCGUAUUGAUUGUGAAAUAUUUGAAACUAUUAAAGGGUAAUAGGAAAUUCAUGCAUGGACAAGGCACAUCGCAUGACGAGAGUCUGGAUAAAUAUGAUGACGAUGAUUCUGAAUUACAGUCUGAUGAUACUAUAGUAUCAAAGGAAUACGAAUAUGAUAACGAGAGUAUAACGAUUGAAUAUACCGAAAGUAGAAAUCAAACGCUAGCCUCGGAAACUCCAGAGAAUCACUUAUUAAAAUUGUUGUAUGAUUACUAUCCAAAGGUAGAAGUCAAAUUAGUUGUUGAACAACCAAGAUUUAUCAUUAGACAUACGAAUGACGUAACCGAUUCAACCCAACUUUUGAAUUUCUCAUAUUCAUAUUUGAAUUUGCAUGUUCUUACAAAUUCUACUAGAGAAUACGAUUGUAAUUGUAACUUUUUGCAUCCAGCGAUUAACUAUAUUGAGAAAUCCAACACUAAGUCCAAUAAAAUAAUUCAGAGUGAAAUAUUCGGCAUCGAAUCUCUUGAUGUUAAGGUCGAUGUAUUAAGGAACUUCAGGGUUAAGCCUUCGGUUUAUAUUCUGAAUGUUAAUGUUGAUUUAUCUGAAUUGGAUGUGAUCCAUGGUAUGAGCAAUCUUUUACAAGAAAUAAAUUUCAUGGUGGAUCAAAAUCUAACUAAGGGAUUCUUGAAUGUUCAACUAAACGAAAAGUUGAGAGAAUAUUUUAGAAAGAGACCCCGUCAAAUCAGGAGACCGGAAUUAAACCUUGAAGACAAAGUCUUCAAGAACUUGCCUCAUUGGUUAUUACAAACAGAUAUAAAUGUAUCGAAAAUAUCAUUAAAACUUGGUUCAAGAUCACCAUUCAUGAAACCAGAAGAAUUAUCUCAAUUUAAUAAAGGUCUGGAUAAGGAUUUGAGGACCAUGACAAUAAGCUUAGUCAAGCUACAUGUGUACAUUGCCAACGAACUGCAAAAUAAAAGUUUCAGAUUUGAAAUGCAAAAUCAAACAAUGAACGCUGGCAAAAGUGAAAUUACCAAAAGUUUUCUACCAUAUUGGGCAGUUGCAAUUAAAUUAGAACACUUUGGAGUCAGUAUUCAAAACAACAACGAGACGGAUGGCACUUUCCUUGCUAUUCCAUCUCUUUCAUUGGAUCUUAUUGCAGCCAAAAUAAAUGAAAAAAACAAAUUGAUUGUGAACAAUGAUAUUGGUGAUAUAUCUGGAUUCUAUGAUCGGUACAAGCUUUUCGUGCUUCUUGGAAGUGUUAAUAUGGUUAAAGAAGUCAUUCUUACCCCAAUAAAAAUGAUGGGUGAGAGAUGGAAAAAGGAUAAAAGAAUUAUUUCUAGAGAAGACUCAUUUAAACCAGAGUAUGACGUUCAUCCAAAAGAUUUCAUAUAUGUUGAUUCUAAUGUGUCAAAAAUUGAACUUGAAGUUGAAUUAAGUGAUGAUUUCAAAAUUAAAGUGCAAACUUUUGAUAUUAAUGCUUUCUUCAGUGACGGUAUAAUUACUUUAACAAACAAACUUUCAAGGCUACUUGCAGACUCCCCAACCGUAUCACAAUGCUGGACAAGGGUUCUUUGCCUUGAUUCGUUGAAGGUGGUUGUGAAUGACCCUUCAUUGUCCUGUCCUGUUGACGUGACUGUGGAAUCUAUUAGGAUCCUCCAUCCUCAUCAAUUUGUAGUAUAUCAUUUGUUUGAUAACUUGGCAAUUACAGUUAAAAUUGCGAAGCACUUGUUCCAGACACUUAAGGGUGAUAAUAAUCGAGAUCUGAUUGUUGUACCCACUGAAUCCAAAGCUCUCGAUGUUCCAAAUAUCCGUUUGAGAACAAGAAAGAUUUUCUUCGCCAUGGAAGAUGAUCCAUUCGAAGCUGAAUUGGCGAUGAUCUAUCAAUUAGGUUUAGUUGAACAAAGAAAGAGAUUAGAACAAUUAAGUUUAUUUGAAAAUAAAGCCAAACUGACAGGAAUUGACAAACAGGAAUAUGCCAAUCUUAAAGAAACACUUGAAGAAACAAUAUCCAAAUCAUGGAUCAGAAAGGUCAAGGUAUUUAAGGGAAUGUUGAGUGAAGAAAUUAUUAAAAAUAAGAAGUAUUUAUUUGGUAGUGAAGCAACACUUCCACCUCAGCUUAAUGAGGGGAUUGUAUCUUAUAUGAUCCAAGCCCCAUUGUUUUCAGCCAUUCUAGAAAGCCUUGAUGUUAAUAUAUCUUCAACUAAAUUUAGCUUGGAUGAGUUACCGCAAUUUCUUUAUGAUAUUGGUCAAGGUGUUCCGAAGGAUACAGUUUAUUCAUUGAUGUUACCAACAUAUAUUGAUUUGAAACUCGGGGAACUUAGAUUGCAUCUCCGUGAUUAUCCACUUCCGUUAUUGCAUGUACCUGCAAAUAUUGAUAAGUCUCCAAGUUUAGCUAUGCAUGGGCAUUUAAUAAUUUCCGAAAACUUGGUGACUGCUAAGGAACAUGUUAGAAGAUUGGAAAUUCCAUUGGUACCUGGUUCAAUAGAUUUUUCUAAAUUAGGAUACAAUGGAAUGAUAAUCGAGAAGGCAUUAUCAACUGUUAAGUUGUACUCAGAUUUAAGAAUUUCGUUCUCCUCUGAACAGUCUACCAGAUUUGUAUGGGGUCUGUCAUACCAAUUUGCAUUACAACAAACAAUUCUUAACUUUGACCAAUUUUCGAAACCACCUGUUGAUCCAUCGGAGAAGUUAGGUGUAUGGGAUAAAUUAAAAUAUGUCAUGCAUGGUAAUUUCAAUAUUCUGGUAAAAGGAGAAAGUGAUUUACAGAUUGCAAUUAAGGGUUCAAGAGAUCCAUAUAAUUUAUUUGGGUCUUCAUCUGGUUUUGUACUUGCAUUUAGAGAUCAAGUCGAAUGGAAGAUUAACGAACAUGAUGAUCCUCGACUGUUCUUCGAAAUUAUUGCCGAUAAAGUAUCGUUUUUCAUUCCAAAUUAUUUGGCGGCUCCAUUAAUCGCGUGGACUAGACAAAGUUCUAAAUCUACGUAUUUACCCACUUCUCAAAAUUUUGUUAGUACAGCUUAUGCAUAUUAUUUGGAAGAUAUACCUACCCCAACACGCCAGGAAUCAUUAUUAUUGAAUAGAGAUGUUCUUGAGAAAACUGUGUUAAAAUUGAGUGGAGGAAUCAACUUCAAACUUGGCUUCCUCUUUCAAAGAGAUGGUGCUGAUGGUAAGAAAACUUAUGAUGCUAAACCACAUUAUGAAGUGGAAUUGUAUAAUCCAGAGUAUACAGAAGAGGGACAUGACUCCUAUUCGGGAUUCCGCAGUGAUUACAUACAUAUGGCAAUUUCGCUUACUUCCAAUAAUGAAGGUUGCAAUAAUGCAAUCCAUUUAAGUCCUGGCGUUUUUAAACAAUUGUUCAGUUGGUGGGUACUUUUUUCAGGGAACAUGAUGCUUCCUAUUAGACGUGGACCAUUAUUUGGAGACCUUAAGGAAGAUAAGAAAUUCUCCCAACACUUGUACACUAACAAAUUCUUAUUUGAUUUCAGUGACGUCUUUAUUUCGCACAUUUAUAGAGAUGAAACUGUUGAUGGUGACAAGGAUAUAAUCGAGUGCAUUGGAGUCCGUGGAAAGAUGCAGCACUUUGUUCUUGAUUUACAUCAAAGGAAGGAACAUCAAAUAGAAGUACACGAAGGACUUGAUAGAAAAAAGAAAAUCAAAAAGAUGAACUUCAAUAUUGGUGAAUCUCAUUUGAAAGGAAUUGAUUUAAGAGCUGUUCAUUCUCGAUUUGAUCAUGAUAUUUAUUCUAAAGUUGAUGAAAAGUAUGACGAUAAAGAUUCUACAUAUUGGACAUUUGAUGGUAACUCGCUGUGGUUUGACAUCGAUGACUACGAAGAGGCAUACAUUCCAGCUUUGAAAAAGAAUAGACGAGAUGUUAAAAUAUAUCCAUUGAUGUACACAGAAUGCUUUUCUUACUUUAGAGACACGAGUAAGGAGUCCGAAUUGGAUUCUCCUGAACUCGGGAACGAAGAUAGUCAUAAUUGCAAGAUUCAUUCAGAGAAUAUGUUUGAAUCUCUUUUAACAUUGUACCGCACUAGAAUAACACAAUUGGAAAAGCAAAUUAAAAAGAAUCAAAGAAAAGGCAAGCCAACUGAACAAUUACAAGCUCGUAUCGAGUCUCUUGAAGCGAAUAUUAAGGAGCAAGUUGAUGUUAAGUCUCACAAGGGAGAAAAUAUUUCUGAUUUGUUCCACAAUAGAUUUAUGCUUAUCAGCAUGAUGUUGAAAUGGAAUAUUGAAAAUAGAAAUUUGUUGUUGAAAUACAUCCAAUUUGUACAAUGGAAAAGUUAUAUAACUAAAUACCUCAGUUAUGAUUCCAUCCGCACACUUCAAGAUAUUAUCGAUAAAAGGAAGGAUAUUGCUCCUGGGGAUAUUGAAACCAUUCAAACUGAACUCAAUGAAUGUAUGAACCGUCAACAGAUGCUUGAUAAUGAGAAUUUGAAUAAAGACGAAUCCUCGGAAGAAAGAUUAGGCAAAUUUGAUGAAAUAUUGAGAAGAGUUGCUGAUGGUAACACAGUUACGGAAGAUUUCUUGAUCGAAAUCAUUUCUCCACAAAUUCAAUUACAAAGUAGCGAAGCCCCCGAUUCGGUUGUGCUUGUUGCAGCUCCAAACAUUGACGUUAAGAUUCUUUCUGUAGUUGAACAAGGGAAACUGAAUGUUUCGAACAUAGUUGCCUUGGAAAAUAGGUAUGGUGUUCUUAUGAGAGAUGCAAAUAUUUUUGUUUUGAAUAAGGAUAUGGUUGCAUCUCACGACUUGAUAUUGGCUCAAAAACCAUAUGGAUCUAAAGAAAACUGGCCACCGUGGCUCGGAAUAGAGAUUUGUAAAAACGGUACAUUAGCUGGAUAUGACAAUUUGUUGGUAGAAAAGACAUCUACGAUGGUGACGUUUGAGCAUGUCAAACCACUUGGUCACAAGCAAGAUGAAAGCGAAAAUGAUGCUAAGUCAAUACAACCUAACGUCAAGAGUAGUAGUGAUAGUGCUAACCGCGUUCUUCGGAUCGAUGUACCUAAAUUCGUUGUCACAUCCACGGCAAAGCAAUAUUCUACAUUAUAUAUAAUUGUGAUAAGCUUGCUAUUUUAUUCCGAACCGUUGAGCAAGAACUUAACUGAUAAGCUCGAAAAAUUGAAAUUUUCCAUUGAUUUCCAAGAUUUAAAUGCAUUGCAAGGAAGACUUAUAAAUUUACAUAAAUACUAUCAAUUACUUGAUAAACUUACUCAAAACUAUCAAUUCAAACAACAUGUUCUUGAUAAUGAAGAUUUGAACAACCAUUUGAGUUUGAACUUGGAGAAGGGUAGCACUGCGCUUGAAAUUUACUUAAUGAUGCAGUCUAUCUUGGGAGGUGACUUGGAACAUCAAGUAGGAGACACAAAGGCCAUGUCACAUUGGACUAUCAGAGCAGAUCAAAUUAUUUUGCAUCUACUUGAAGAUGACCGAACACCAAUCCUUGAUGUUGGCAUGGCCCGUGGUAUUUGCCAAAGAACUAUUAAUGACGAUGGUUCUAAUAUAAACAGAAUAGAAAUUUUCAUGAUGCAAGGAUUCAAUUUAUUGAAAACUGCUAGAUACCCCGAAUUAUUCGCACCAUUUGAAAUGGAUGUGAAUGACGAUAGUGAAAAUGUUAUUGUUGUUGAUUGGACUAUGAACAGACCUAUAGGAGGAAUUAAAAUCAUUGAAGACUUUCAAGUAAAUGCUAAGCCGUUAAAGAUCAAAAUCGAUGACAUAACUGGCGAAAAGCUCUUAGAAUAUAUCUUCCAGAGUGAUGGAGAUAUAAACGAAAGUCCAUUAAUUGCAUUAGCAGAGAAACACACCAAGGAAAAUAAUGGCGAUGAUGUUGAUAAUGAAGACAACGAUGAAUGUGAUAGUGAACCAGAGCUAGACGGGGUACAUGUGGAGAUGCUUGAAGGAACGAAUAAGCAGCCUCUGGAAGGUGAACGGUCAAGUUCUCUCAAUACCAGUAAAGCUUCACAAGCAGGAGAAAGUAAACUUCUGAAAAGAUUGAAUAAUGUACACUUUGCUACAGAUUCAUCAUCGAGUGAAUUCAACUCUGAACAUGGGAAUGACGUGGAAGAAAUGGUUUCAAGAUCUAAAAAAUACAUGAGUAUUGGUGCAUUGGUUGUGCAAUCAUUAAGAGUGCUGGUGUCAAUAAAAUGUCACAAGGGAUUCUUGAGGGUAUUGAACGUGGAGGAUUUUGUCAUCGAUCUUCCAGAAUUUGCCAUUCAUUCAGAAGUUGUAUCAGUUCUUGACAUUACCAUGUUGAUGCAAAAAUUCUUCAUCAAGGCUCUCUUGAGUCAUACUGGUAGAUUGUUGAAGAAUAAAUUUCAAGUACGGAAGGAUAAAGGUAAAAAUAUGAUCAAACGACCUCUCAGACCAGUAAAGAAAUAUGUCAAUUUUACCUCUGUUGCCGAAUUGCGCGGAGUACCAUCCGUUUCCCCUUCAGCUAACCAAGAAGUUAGUUUGAUAUAG